GCAUUUUGUCUUUGUUCUUCCAGAAGUAAGUCUGGCAACACUGUGGCACGGAGCUGUCAUUUGUAAUCAGCUGGCGAAGCUGCUGAACCGUGCGCACAAUGUUUUUAGUCGUAGCUGGACUUCGGUGAGCAGUAGUAUUGGCGGUGCUUAGUUGAUUUGUAACAAAUCAGUCACGGCGAGGAAGAUAUAAAAGCACGAGGAAUGCCGCUUACCGCGUAAUUGGAAUUGAAAUGUUUGUCGUCUGUUUGAGAAUUUGAUGAAGUGCUCAUGAAUUUAUAAAAUCGUCUUUGUGUCAGUAUUACUAUAAAAUGUGGAAACAUCUCGAACCAGGCAGCUCACCUGUAGACUGGUGUGAAGGAAAUUAUUUAAUCUCUCCUGUAAUAGCAGAAUUUGUUAACACGCUGAGCAAUAUAAUAUUUUUCUUAUUGCCCCCCCUGUUGAUUCAUUUAUUCAAAGAAUAUGGAAAAUUUGUAAACCCUGGAAUACAUAUCAUUUGGGCUCUAAUGAUUGUUGUUGGCUUGAGUUCAGCAUAUUUUCAUGCAACAUUGAGUUUAAUUGGACAGCUUCUUGAUGAACUCGCUAUCCUGUGGGUCUUCAUGGCAGCUUUCUCAAUGUUUUAUCCUAGACGUCAUUUUCCAUAUGUAUUCCAAAAUAACAGGAAGCUAUUCAGUGUUGCAACUCUUAUUUUCUCUAUUGCUGGCACAGGAUUUGCAAUUAUGCAUCCUGCUGUAAAUGCAUUUGCUCUAAUGACUCUUGGAAUACCAGCAUGUUAUCUGCUUAUAGAUGGACUGAAAAGAUGUCGCUGUGGACGUGUCCUCAGACUGGGUGUUCGCUCUGCCAGUAUGUGGUUUAUUGCUGUCUUCUGUUGGCUGAGUGAUAGGUUGUUCUGUGACGCAUGGUCAGCAAUCAACUUUCCCUACCUUCAUGCUCUUUGGCAUAUAUUCAUAUUCAUUGCUUCUUACACAGCAUUGGUAUUAUUUGCUUAUUUUGCUGUCAAAGAUGAAUGCCCAGAAAAAACUCCAGUCCUGAAAUAUUGGCCCAAAGAUAACUUUGAACUUGGAAUUCCGUAUGUCACAAUCCGCAGCUAUUACAAAGGUCACAAGAACGAAAUUUAAUGCCAUACAUUGCAAUUAUAAGACUGUAAGAUUGGUCUGAACUUGCCACAGAAUUAUAAGGGAAAUUAUAAAGAUUCUGAUAUAAGUUGAUUGAUAAUGUACAAAAUUACUAAUGUAAUGAAUUUGUAUAAUGAAAGUUGACAUGGGUCUCAAAUACUUGUAAACUUCAGAAUUUUAUAUACACAGGAUGAUUUUUUUUUAUGGGGACUGCAGAGGAGAAUCCCAGAGAAGAUAAGAGAACAGCAUGGAAGAUAUGCACAAGUUCCUUGCUAGAGGCCAAUAAUAUUCCCUAUGAUAGUGCAUCCACCAUUCGUGGUUCCCCCUGUAAACAAACCUUUCUCCGACAAACGGUGAAACUCUACAUUUUGUGGUGUGUUCACUGAGAGUGGGGAUGAAUUGAACAGUACUGCCAUCUGCUAUUGCCAUUUUCCUGCCCGUUCACUUUAAAACCAGGUUGGGCUGCUUCUCAAUGGAGUAUCAGGUCAUAUUUUCACAUUGCUUUGCCCAUCCAAUUUUUUGUUGAAUUGGCAACAGCAUUGAAGUGCAACUCCCUUACUAAAAAACUCUAGUCUGGACUUCAGGGAGUACUCUCUUUGGGAUCGUUAUUGCCCUCUAGCAGAAACCAGUGCAUUUCCGUAAACAUUCAACAUUUUUUGUUCCUUGUCCUCUCGAGGAUCAUCCCAUCUAUUGUGUCUAUAUAAACAAUACAUACGUGCAUAUAAUGAAGGGUUUAUGGCAGGGGUUCUCAUACUAGUUCACACCCCCAGUGGCUUUCAGUAGGCUCGAGAGUGGUAUCUGAACAAAUUCCAUUGAAGAAUUUGAAGAAAUUAAACUGCAAAGCUCAAGCCGACUCUGGAUAUUCAAGUUAUUGUAAUAUCUGAGUACAAAUACUUUGUUAUAAAGUUGUGUUUUUUUCCCUAUUCUUGUAAUGAUUUACUAAGAGAUUUCAAAUACUUUAAAUAACAUUUAAAGUCUUAGCAUUUAGGGUUAUUUUGUUGUGAAGAAACAUUUGACUUUUAGGAAAGUGCAAAGAUGUAUAUUAUUUUAAAAUGUUUGAGAACCUCUGGUCUAUAGCAAUGGCAGACAAUACAUUUUUACCAUUGAUCAAUAUGCAGCAGAGUGGAUUAAAUGCUGUAUCUUGCCUGGAACUUUUAGAUUCCCUUUAUUGAUGUACCUAAAAUGGCAUUUAUUCAUUUUUAAUAAUUGAUCUGCCAAAGCCUUGUCUUAAUGAAUGGUUGCUUAUAAAAAUAUUUAGAUUUUAUUUAUGCAUUUGAGCUUUCAUUUUUAUGCUACAUUGUAAGCAAAGAAGGAAGAAAUGCAAUGGAUUUGAUCCAUUAUCUGCAGGGAACAAGAAUUAAACUUCAUUAAUUUUUGUAUGUAUUGUUGCUGCAAUUUUUUAUUCUUGUUGCCUGAAAAAUUACUUCUUAGAAGGUAUUGUUAUGGUGCUGAAAUUAAAAUAGUAGUAAUGAGAUAUAUGGUGGAUCUUUUGUGAAAUUUAAUACAAGAGAUGUGAAAUCAGUAUUUGGUGUGACAUGCACCUCAUUGUAGAUAUAGAUACAAAGGUACACUGAAGUAAUGUAUAUGUAAUCCUUCUUGUACACUGGAAUUCAAGUGUGACUGCACUCUGUUCUUUGAUAGUACAUGACUGAAUCCUCAACUUUGAUAAAACACAGUUAAUUAACUUUGGCAAAAAGUAUUUUUGGGCUCUGUUCAUCCCAACCCCCUCCCUUUUGUACACUUUGCUCCACAUGGCAUAUAAUGUACCAUGAAUGUGUCUUAUUUUUCUACAGUGUACAAUACUACAUUUUCAGCGAAGUAUAUUUUAUAAAUGUUCGGUAAGAAACAUCUGUGAUGUAGAUAAUUGUAUUUUUCUUUUAGCAAUAUUGUAACACCCUACAAUAACACAUUUAGUAAUGGGGGUGAAGGCACAGUAUUUACUAAUCUUUCAUUAAAUGUGUGUGAAGUAUUGCAAUAUGGCUACCAAUGUGUACCAAGUGAGUGGAAAUAGAUUAUUAAUGUUCACAUGUUUGUAGGGUAAAGAAUCUAAUGCUACUCACAAAUUUGAAAUUUCUUCCAUGAGUAUACUACCCUGAUACUUAAACCAAAGAUUUUAAUUAAUUUUGUAAUUUACAUUUCACUCCUUGGAAUGUGAGUAAUUUUUCAAGGAAUAUUUAUGUACCUCAUUAUUUUACCAAAUGUAGCAAUAUAUAUGUAGAAAUAUUUUGGUGAUAAGAUUUGACGUGUUAACAAAUGUAUUUUACCAGUGUCUAAAUAAUAAUGUUAAAUAUUAUGAAAUUAAUAUUUUUCCUCUUCCUUUUUUUUCCUAUCU